AGAAGGUGAUAGGCUUGAUAUGAUCUCAUCUGACCUGAAGGAAGGCCUGCUUUAGCCUGUUUAGCCAACUUGGUCGCUAACGCACGCACGUUGCUCCCCGUUAUCCACAUCUAUCAAGGAAGUCACAGAGGUGUGUGUCUGUGUGAUCAUAGCAGUGAUGUGUAUGUGUACGUGUGUGGGGUGUGUGUGUGUGUGUGUGUGAGUAAGUGAGUGUAUGUGACAGCUUGUGUGCGUGAGGGUAUGUGUGUGUAUGAGAGAAUGCGUGGUAGGUGAGCUUGGAAGCCUGCUGGAGUCACUUACUGGAGAGAGAGGGACCGACUGAGCGUUGCGUUGCGUUGGACUGCUGCGAAAGAACGACGGAACGAACGAAAAGAAGAGAAAAGGAGUGAGGAGUUGAAGUGAGGAAGAGGAGGAGGAUGAAGGAGGCUUUACUGUGGCUAGUGUGCAGUUUCUAUCUGCUCACACUUGCAGGGGCCUCGGACGCAGAGCGCCGCCUACUGGCCAAGCUGUUCGAGGGCUACAACCUGAAGGUGCGGCCAGCGCGGACGUGGGACGAGAAGGUGAUGGUCAGGGUGGGGAUGACGCUGGUCCAGCUCGUCAGCCUGGAUCAGAAGAAUGGUGAGAUGACAACCAAUGUGUUUAUGAAUAUGGCGUGGACAGACUACCGGUUGUCUUGGGAUCCGGAACAGUAUGACGAUAUUGAUGUGCUCCGAAUCCCCCCAAACAAAGUGUGGCGUCCAGACAUAUACCUCAUCAACAACAAUGAUGGGCAAUUUGAUGUAGCGCUGUAUGUGAACGUACUGGUCAGCUACACAGGAGAGGUGUCCUGGCUCCCUCCAGCCAUCUAUCGAAGCUCAUGCUCUAUAGAGGUCGCCUACUUCCCAUUCGACUGGCAAAACUGCACCAUGGUUUUCCGCUCAUACACAUACGACUCGUCGGAAGUGGACUUGCAGUACGGACUGGACGAGAAUGGCGAUGAGAUUCAUGAGGCGGUUAUUGAUGAGAACGCUUUCACAGAGAACGGAGAGUGGCAGAUUUGUCACCGUCCGUCGCGUAAGAACGUGGGGGACGAGCUGUACGAGGACAUCACCUUCUACCUGAUCAUCGAGCGCAAGCCGCUCUUCUACAUCAUCAACAUCAUCGUGCCCUGCAUCCUCACCAGCGUGCUGGCCAUAUUUGUGUUCUACCUGCCACCUGGAGCAGGGGAGAAGAUGACCUUGUCCAUCUCCGUCCUCAUCGCCCUGACUGUGUUCAUGCUUCUGCUGGCGGACAAAGUCCCCGAGACGUCGCUGGCCAUCCCCAUCAUCGUCAACUACGUCAUGUUCACCAUGAUCCUCGUCACCUUUUCCGUCAUCCUCAGCGUGGUGGUGCUCAACCUCCACCACCGCACUCCCAGCACUCACCACAUGCCUAUGUGGGUGCGCAAGGUCUUCAUCAACUUCCUGCCCAAGUAUAUUGGCAUGCAGAGGCCACACCCAGAAGAGCCUCCAGAGGAGGAGGGGCCACAUGAUGACACGCCCCUCCGUCACAUACGGCUGGAGAGCCGCAGGCCGGGUGGGGAGUACUUUGUCCGUAAAAUCGACCCGGCGCUAGUCAUGCCCUGGAAAGGAAGUGACAGCACUGUGCAGCUGCAGAGGUACUUUGACAGUGACAGCUACUGUCUCAUCCUCCCUCCCAACCUCAAGUCUGCCAUCUCUGCUGUCACCUACAUGGCCGAACAGCUGAAGAACCAGGAUACAGACGACACAAUGACGGAUGAUUGGCAGUACAUCGCCUUGGUGGUGGACCGCCUCUUCUUCUGGCUCUUUGUCAUCAUCACCACACUGGGCACCCUGGCCAUGUUCCUGGACGCCAGCUUCAACUACACCCCCACUGAGCCCUUCCCCUGAGAGACACCUGACUACAACUCUUCUGGACAUCUCCAGAAAACAGCUUCAGCUACUUCUACAACUAGCUUCAACUACACCCCAACAAUCCUUUCCCAUGAAAUGCUUUCUUGCGGUCUAGAACAGACAGGUUUCUGCGUUUGAGAACUCACCAGACAAUGUCUCAUUCUAGAACUGUUCCAACAAAUUCCUGCAUUCAAGAACCCUCUAAACAACGCCCAGACAAUCCUUCUACAACACCGGAUCACCCUUUCCCCUUUCUGCCUCUACGACUCUUUAAAUCAGUUGUUCUGGUUUAGAGAGUUGAAGAACCAACCAAAACCCCACCAAGUAAUUGAGAGUUACUGCAUUCUAAAACUCUAGAACUAUGCCAGUAUUUCAGAACUCAUGCAUCAGAAAAUAAAUCAGAAUGAACAAGAACAGAAGUGAAUCACAACAUAUUUGAUUGUAGUGCAUAUAUUCCAACACAGGGGGAGCCAGUGUGUCAUAAAUGUCUACCUUCCUAUAGUGGUGUUCAUCCCCAAACAGUCCCCUUUCCAAACACUGAUCUUCUGUGUGUGCAUGGCCUUUUAGCAGGCCUAGCAAUAUUGGUUGUAAAAAUUAGUUUGCCCAGAAACAUCGACUUGACACAGAGCCAUAUGGGA